AUGGAGAAAGGCAACACCGAAGUGGACGACUGGACAGAGUGGCUCAACGACGAGGGGGAAAAAAGAGAAGAUUUUAAUCUUGAUUCAACAGCCAAGGAUGAAGCGAUCAAGAAAAAAAUUUUACAAAACAAUGUGGACGACAUAGCAGACUUUCUAGGAAUAGACGAUGACGACGAUGAGAAAAAAAAAAAAAAAAAAAAAAAUGAACAAAGUCAUGCCCCAGCUAAGAGUAAACAGCAAGAAAAAAUCAUAACACUAGAGAGCACACCCCUAAACUCUAUAAAGGACUGUGAAACCUUAGGAGAAAUUUUGGCAGCGAGAAUACACGAAAGUAGAGCCAAGAGUGUGGCCAUAGAAAGGCUACUCUCCAUUAUCCUUCCUGCGUGCGAAGGGAAGUUAGAGGAUAAAGAACUGCAGAGUAUCAAUAGGAAGAUCCAAGAACUUAUCGAAAAGAGGGAAAAGAAAAAAAGGUAUGCUCUCAUAAAUAAGAAGAAGCCCAAUGAGGUCAAGAACGCUCUUAAGAAUUAUAAGGACGAGGUCGACAUGAUUUAUGGUGACAUGUCCUACGACGAGGAGGAUUACGAGAAUGAGGACGUGGAGGAGUUCGCCGAGGGGUACUAG